AUGACUAUUCUAGAAUCCCCCCAUUCUAUCGUGAAGACGGUACCCCACAGCAGGCCUCUCAAACUCGCCAUCCUGCUCAACUCGUACCGUUCACCCUUCAUCCACGAGAUUAGGGACUCGUACAUUCGCUCCCUCUCCCAGGUCACCCACCACCCGGACACUCAACUCUCUUUUUUCUACCCGGCCGAUAACUACAAGCAGGAGAACGACCUGCCUGAUUUGAGCCGGGACAACUACGACUUGAUCGUCAUCGGGGGCGGAAACGCCGACCCGAGGAAGAGGCACGCGUGGAUCUUGAGGGUUCACAAGUUCAUUCUUGACACGGUCAAGAACUACCCGCGGCAGAAAAUUUGCGGGAUAUGCUGGGGACACCAGACGAUUGGGAUGCUGUUUGGUGGCGAGGUGAUUGAUCUGGAACAUCCCGAGCUGGGGGUGACCGAGGCGGCUCUAACGCCGCUGGGGCAGAAGUUUUUCGGUUCGAGGGAUCAUCACCAUCAUCAUCAACAGCAGCACCGGGCCAGCACCUCGCAUGGAAAGGUGGGGAAGAAGGUUUUGAGUCUUCAGCAGCAUCACCGUCGCGCGCUUGGCACGACACCAAAGGGGUUUCACGAAUUGUUGGUUGACAACCAGGCUUUUGUCAGCCAGAAUAACGCGAUUCUGACCUUUCAGGGUCAUCCUGAAAAGGAUGCUCGGUGUGCCAAGUUGAGGGUGGGGGAUGCGGUUAGGUGGUAUAGUCUUGGGAAGAACAGUGUGAGCGAAGGGGAGAUCGGGUCGUCAGAGUCUGAAGAGGAAGAAAGGGUGACGAUGUUGGGGAAGAUCCAGAGGGAUAUGGAAAGGCAGCACGAUGGAGUGGAGGUUUGGGGCAGGGUGUUGGAUUGGGUU